AUGUGGAGACAGGAGAGAGAGAGAAUUUCAAAAAAGGGAAGAAGAGCACUGUUCUUCUUCCCCGGUGGGCUCGUCUACCGCCUGCCGUGCUUCACCUUCUGCCCGCCGGAAGCCACAUUCGCCGCCCGCCUGUUUUUCGCAAGCCCAGCACCGGUAGCUGCCCCGCCGGACGCCGCAUCGCCGUUCCGCCACCCAAUUCCGCCCGCAAUCUGCUCUUCGACAACCACACCACCGUGCGCCUCCAGCUCACGCCCCGCAGCAACCGAGCGACCGACCGAGCCUCUUCCACCGCGCCAGAUCGGGACCCCUUGCUCUCGCCGUCGUCGACGCCAAAGCCUGCUGCCGAGUCCUCCGUCUGAGCGUUGCCACCUCCACCUCCGUGCCCCUGCAGAGACCCGCGACGCCCCCGUUUGCUGUCGUUGCCAACCGCCAAAGCCGGGCUCGAGCCUUCGUCGGUCUCUGCCGCCCCUGCAGCAGCCCGAGCGCCUGCCUCUUCACCUGAGCCACGAAGCCGCUGCAGCCCGUGCCGGAGCCGCCGGUUUUGUUGCGACCCGCGACGCUCCUGCUCCGACGUCCAGCAGAUCUGCCCCGGACCCACGAAGUCGUCGCUGUCCCAUCUCGCCGGAACUCUCGCCUGCGAGCCCGCAUCCCUGCACCGCGCCGCACCACCGUGCUCGCUUUGCUCCGCUCCUGCAGCUAGAUCCGACCACCGCGACCUCCGAUCAGCGACCCGACGCCACAGACCCAGCGAUCCGACGACCCGGCGUUGCCCUCUGCCCUGUUCGUUUCUGCCAGUGACUGACGCCAGCAGACCCGAAACACCCGAACGCCGAUCUGCUGCUGCUCCCUUGCCGCGCGCUGCUGCCCCUCGCCGGACCUUCGCCGGAGCUCCGACCGCGACGCCCUCGCCGGACUGACGGUGACCAGCCACCACGAGCACUGCCCUUGGUUGGAAAGCAAAAGAAAAAAAAAAAAAAAAUACAUUAGGUAGUUUUAUUUAUUUAUUAUGUUUUUAUUAUUAUCUUUAUGUCUUUUAUAGUAUUUUUUUUUUUAGUGUAAUAAUGUAUGAUUGGGAUUACGACA